AUGUCUUCAUCCCCAUCUGACUCUACCGACCCCGAUCCCAACGACCAGGUUGAGGAACUAGACCCCGAGAAGUUCUACCAUCACCCAGUGUGGUCACAACGCUGGCACCACCCCGAAAUCACCGAAGAAACCUCUUGGGAACGAGAGCAAGAGUCAUGGUUCGAGAAUGUGCCUAGUCGUUCUCGCCACCGAUUUUUAUUCGACUGCCCAUCCAAUCUUCCUUGGGGCUUCAUCAUCUAUCGAACAGUCUAUACGACUGAAUCCGAAGAACUAUGGCCAAUCGCUUUAGAAAGAAUCGCUCAACGACUGAAAAGGGGGAUCAGUUCUCAAGUCCGGGUCAACAGCAAUGAAUCCUACCUUAAACAACUGAUAGAAGAAUCACACAAAGAUGUGAUUAUUUCAGACCCUAAUCGUUGGAAUAACGCCAGCAUUCAACAAGUCCGCAGCCAUUUCAUCGAAUAUCUGCGUAAGAUCAAGGCAGAGGAGCUCGUCGGGCAAUCUCGUUUUGCCUCUUGUCUUGUGAUUGAUGAGAAAUCCUUAAAAUCGAUCAUCGCGGAUGGGGGUGAAAAAUAUGGGUUUCUUGGGGCUAUUGAUCCGCAGUAUAACCCUGAAGAGGGAUAUGACUACGCUUCUUACCGCGGAUAUAUGAGGGUGCAAGUCAAAGCCCUAGGGGAUCUCUAUAUGCAAUUGGAUUGGAACUUCAUGUGUGUGCUGUGUCCGGAUUAUCCUGAUGGUUGGAUUCCUGUUUACGAUGGCGGCUAUGGGACUGUGCAGGAUGAAGAUGGGAACGAAUAUCCCUAUGCAUGGAAAACCCCUGGGGGAUCAGAGGGACGGGGGCGAGGGCGUUGGUGA